AUCCACACCUUGUACAGUUAUAAGCGGAACGGUUACUUGUAGCAACGGGAUGUACUUUUUUGCCAUUUCACUACGUAAAACACCCAGCGGUUGCUGCUUUUCGCGACAGUUAAUGCGGCAAGUUAUAUUUUCACCGAGACGAGUAAGUCAACUUUGGACACGUACAUGUACAUGUUCUGCACGUGAAGCAGGCUUCCUCGCGUUCCAACUUUAUUUGCGGGCCUGUUUAAUCACGUGUGGUUUUCCGACGCCAACGCACGCUGCACGUGUACAUGUAUGGUCGGAUUUUUCGCUUUUCUCUUGUACGGACUGUCGGACGCUGCUGUUCACGUUUGUAGCAUUGCGGCGACCUGUUUGUUCGGCGAUAACCUACAGCGAUAGUAAGCUUGGACUAACGGACAGGCACGAUAUCUGAUCAAGAAUGUUCCGACUCGUGUUUCGUAUCGCCGCCAAACCUGCCUCUGCGGACGGCUCCGUGUGCACACGGCUAACACGACAAUUAAACACUGGAUCAAGACAAGGCCAAGCACACGGGGUCUGCACAGGGCAAUGUCGCUCCAAGUCACAGACAACAUCCAAACUGGCGGCGCUGGCUGGGUUUGCGGGGGUCGGCAUCAUCGCAGGAGAAGUUUGGAUCAGCAAUAAGAGGAAAGGUGACAACGCACUGGCAGCUAAAUAUCUGAAAGAAUUAAAAGAAAGCCACUCCGCAUCUUCACAAGUUCCCAGCGAGGACAAGGAAGCAAUCACAAACGAAGAGAAAGCUCUGAGAUAUGACAUGUCUCAUCCCAGAAGGGGGCUGGCCGUUAUCAUCAACAACAAACACUUUAACGCCAGUACCCAGAUGGAGAUGCGGGAGGGGUCAGAGGUGGACCUGGAGAACCUGUCCCAGGUGCUGCUGGAUCUGGACUUCGAAGUCCGCGUGUACACAGACCUGACGUGCAAGCAGAUGAGAAGAGUUCUCCGACAAGUUGCUGAUGAGGACCACGGCGACUCUGACUGCCUGCUGGUGUCCAUCAUGAGUCACGGGUACAAGGGCGAGCAGGUGUACGGCGUGGACGGGCUGGUCAACGUCGACAAACUCUCCGCCUACUUCAGGGGCGAGAACUGUAAAACUCUCAUCGGCAAACCCAAACUCUUCGUCAUUCAGGCAUGUCAGGGUGAGAGGCUGAUGGAGGGAGUGACGCUGGCGUCUACUUCCUCAGACAGUGACGUCACCCUCCGUCCGCAGUCACAGACUCUACCGUCUGGGGCGGACUUCCUGUACUUCUACUCUGUGUCGCAAGGAUAUUACUCGUGGAGAAACAUCCGGCAGGGCUCCUGGCUGAUCCAGGCCCUGUGCAAGGUGCUCCGCGAGGAUGGGUACUCUGGGCUCGAGAUCAUGCAGCUCUUGACCAAGGUCAACAGACAGGUUGCGACCGAGUUCGAAUCCUUGUCCCCAGAUGAGUCAUUCAACAAGAAGAAACAGAUCCCGUGUAUCGUGUCCAUGCUGACUAAGGAACUCUAUUUCACGCAGAAGUUACCAACUCUAGUUACAACAGAAUCCAUCUGACUCUUUUCUACUGGACACAAUAUUUUUCAUUUUUUAUUGUUGCUGAUACACACUACUGUCGUAAAAUAGUAUGUUUUGUAGGGGAAGAUUUUGUAUAGUGUAGAUAUAUAUAAUAGCAUGAGGGGGGGGGGGCAGUCAACUGUGCCAAAUCUAGAGAUAUAUAUGAAUACAGACUGGGUAUUUAGAGCAAAUACUGGCUUGUUCGAAAUGGAAAACAUGUACCCGUCUGCCAGAAGAGAUAGAAUCUAGAAUGUUAGUGAUGCGAAACAACUACAAGGUCCAAAUGUUUCCGGGUAUAUAGAUGAAAUAUGAAGAUGUCACGAUGAAUUAUUUCUUAGUAAAAAAUGUGAAAUAGAUAGAGAUUUGUUAGAGGA